UUGCCACCCCCCAAAAAAAAGGUGGUUAAAAAGAAAGUUCUUUUUGUAGACAUUACUGCGACGAUGCUUAUGAUGAUGCCUACAAUCUCCGACACCCACAAUCCUGUCUCUCUGUCUUUCCUUCUUUCUUGACUAACUCAAUUAUCUUUUCUUCAUUUGCUUUAUUCCCACAUGGCCAGUCUCUCCUCCUCCUUCAUCUCUUUGUUCCUUAAUCUCAUGCAAGAAUGACUACUUUCAUUUGUUUAACGUGGUGACUAACUGAAGCAAUCUCUCUUCCUAACUUGUUCUCCAUGGCUGACAACAACUGUGACUGUUGGACUUUCUUGAAACGUGGCGUUUGCAACUCCUCUUCUUCUACCACUCACUCUGCUAACACAAUUCCCCGCACUAGUCUGGUUUAUGAUGCUGCUACUGAGACAAGAUGUCUAAAUGCUAGUAAUAGAGAGUUGUUCCCUCCAAAUGAAGCUCGUCUUUCAUCUGAUAAUCUCGAUCCACCAACAUCCACAAAAACCAAAUCACCACGACAGCUUCUUCAAUUUACUUUUCAAGAGCUAAAAUCUGCAACAGGGAACUUUAGACCUGACAGCAUACUUGGUGAAGGUGGUUUUGGGUAUGUCUUCAAAGGGUGGAUAGAGGAAAAUGGAACAGCACCGGCCAAACCAGGUUCAGGGAUCACUGUUGCUGUCAAGAGUUUGAAACUGGAUGGUCUUCAAGGCCACAGAGAAUGGGUGGUUGAGGUUGCCUUCCUUGGACAACUUCAUCAUCCUAACCUUGUUAAACUCAUUGGUUACUGCAUUGAAGAGGAUCACCGGUUGCUUGUCUAUGAAUUUAUGACCCGAGGAAGUCUUGAAAACCAUCUGUUUAGAAGGACAAUACCUCUUCCCUGGUCAAAUAGGAUUAAGAUCACACUUGGCGCAGCAAAAGGAUUGGCUUUUCUUCAUGGCGGUCCAGAACCAGUCAUUUAUAGAGAUUUUAAAACAUCCAACAUUUUACUUGAUUCGGAAUAUAAUGCAAAGCUUUCAGAUUUUGGUCUAGCAAAAGCUGGUCCUCAAGGAGACAAAACACAUGUUUCUACUAGAGUUGUCGGAACCUAUGGCUAUGCUGCACCAGAGUAUGUUAUGACAGGACACUUGACAUCUAAAAGUGACGUUUACAGCUUCGGUGUUGUCUUACUCGAGAUUUUGACCGGCCGAAGAUCGAUGGACAAGAAGCGUCCUAGUGGCGAGCAGAAUCUAGUUACAUGGGCUCGGCCGUAUUUAGCUGACAAGAGAAAACUUUACCAACUGGUGGAUCCCCGGUUAGAGCUAAAUUAUUCUCUUAAAGGGGUACUUAAAGUUUCUCAAUUAGCUUACAGUUGCCUCCAUAGGGACCCUAAAGCCCGUCCUACAAUGGAUGAAGUAGUGAAAGUCCUCUCUCAAUUGCAAGACCUUAAUGAUCUCGCCAUAUUAUCGCAUCAUUCUCGUCUAUCUCAACAAGGGAGACGUAAAAAGAAACCAGAGGGAUCCAAAAGCACCAAAGAUUCCCCUUUGAAUAUUGGCAAACAUAGGAAAGAUGAAAUCAAACUUCAAUUAUGUAAGUAGUGGCUCCAACACUGGUAAUUGAUUUGCACAACAUGAAUGUCAAUUUACUUUUGAGUUCUGGGAUUUGUUUUUUUUAAUGUUCCUCCAUUAAUACUAUGCUUUAGAGCUCGAUUGGAUACAUAUGUAAUUAUAUCAUUUUCAACUUGUGAGGCGUUUUAGUGUACAAUAUAUUACAUGUUGAUGUCCCCUUCA